UUCUCUUCUCUGUCUCCAUUUAUUAACACUUCAAACAUUGUCUGUCUCUCUCUAUCAUCUCUCUCUCUCUCUCUCCCAAUUCCCCAAAAUUUUUCCGUUUGCUUGAAUUUCUCUGUGAUUACCCAUUUCGUUGCUUCAACUAAGUCUUUCACAGUGAAACAAUAUAAUGCUCUUGCGGUGGGUGCGUGCUUCUUCCCUUUCACUCCACUCAAAUGCUUAGCUGACCAAACUCGUUGUUUCAACGUUUACUGUCUUUAAGGGAGAGAAAUGACGUUGUGUGAUCCAUGUAGCUGGUCUCAUCUAGUGGGAUGAGGCUUUGUUGUUGUGUGUUGAAGGUGUACUACAUUCUGCUUUGAAAAUGGGAGUUGAAAAAGAAGGGACGAAAGGUGGAGGAGGUUAUGUUGGUGGUUUUUUCCAGUUGUUUGACUGGACGUCGAAGUCCCGUAAGAAAUUAUUUGCGGCCAAGCCAGAUUUGCCUGAGACUUUAAAACAGGGAAGAAGAGUUGAUUACAAUGUGGCAAUGCCAAUGACACAGUCCUCCUAUCUGGUUGAUGAAGAUGAAAGUGGUGUUGGGGCAAGUCUAAGAGGAAGUUGUGAUCAUAGUUAUGCUUCAUCUGUUACAGAUGAUGAAACAUUUGGUACAAGGGCUCCUAGUGUUGUUGCCAGGCUUAUGGGAUUAGAUUCCUUGCCUUCUUCAAGUUUUUCUGAUCCUUAUGCUACCCCAUAUUUUGAUACCCGGUCCCUUCAAGAUGCUCAGUACUUCAAGAAAAAUUUUGGUCACCAGCAUGACUAUCAGACCCCAUGUUCUGGAAAGCUGGUUGAAAAGGUUGCGGGCUCAUCUAGGAGCUUCAUUGAGCCAAAGCCGCAAAAGGCCAUUACCAGGCCAAUUGAAAAGUUCCAAACAGAAGUGUUGCCUCCAAAAUCAGCUAAAUCAAUUCCUGUUACACACCAUAAACUUUUGUCCCCCAUCAAGAGUCCCAGCUUUGUUCCCACCAAUAAUGCUGCAUAUAUAAUGGAGGCUGCGGCAAGAAUUAUUGAGCCUGGUUCCCAAGCUGGUAACAGGGCUAAGACACCUCUGGUAGCUUCAUCAGCACCACUGAGAGUGAGAGAACUAAAAGAUAAGGUGGAGGCUUCACAAAAGGGACCUCUAAUUAGGCCAUCCUCCAUGACCUCUAGAACUCGAGAUCUAAAAGAGAAAAGAGAACUUUCUCAAAGAAUGGCCAGGCUUUCCGUAUCUUGUCAAAGAUCGGUCGAGUCAAAUGCUGCCAAGUAUCUCAAAGGACAAUCUUUAAACAGAAGCUGGAAUGGAUCUGUGGAUAUGUCCAUCAAAUCUCCUACACACGAGGAAGAAGUUUCUUCUCUGAAGAAUAAUAAGGGGAAGUCCAUUUCGCUUGCAAUCCAAGCAAAAGUGAAUGUUCAAAGAAGGGAAGGUUUGAGUGCGACUGGUGGAAGAAGUAUGACGGCCCAGAAAGAGAAUCCUGACUUGAAAUCCAACCAACCAAUGAAGGGAAGCGUGCAGAAAAAUUUUCACAAGAANCUUAUAUUUCUACUAAUUUUUCUCUACUUUUAA